AUGACUGGAUUAUUGUUUAUUCGCCGACCUGGGCUAACGACGAACUAUUUUAAAGAGAACAAUUGUAUUUCACCAUUACCAGAUCGCACUUUGGCCCUAGAGUCUUUUCCCAUACACACUACUCUCACUCAACUUCGUCGUUUCAUAAGCAUCAUCGGCUACUACCACCGAUUCAUCCCUCACUAUGCAGAUAUUUUGAAGCCACUGACCGAUUUACUUGGCUCUAAAGAAAAAUCUGUUACUUUGCUCCCCGCCGCCAUUGCCGCUUUCGAAAGAGCCAAGCAAGCCAUUGCUCAGGCCACAAAGUUAUCUUUCCUCGAUACUCACAAAAGCACAAAGCUGAUUUUGACAACUGAUGCUUCGAACGCUGCCGUGCCGCCCGCACUUCAUCAAGUUGUUAACAACACAUCUCAACCACCAGCGAUUUUCCCUCAGAAGAUGCAGGCUGCCCAAACGCGUUACAGUACUUUUGGUCGUGAGGUACUCGUAAUUUAUCUUGCCAUUCGCCAUUUGCGGCACUUGUUAGAGGGUCGAUCGUUUACCGUUCAAACCGACCACAAGCCACUCACCUAUGCCUUCAACGCCAAGCCUGAUCGAUGUUCACCACGCGAGAUACGCCAUCUCGACUAUAAGUCACAGUUCACUACCGACAUUCGGUACGCUCCAGGUCCGGAAAAUGUCGUCGCAGAUGCCCUAUCCCGUCUCGACAUCAACGCCCUUCACCCUUCUACGCAGCUGGACCUAGCCAAGCUGGCGAACCUGCAAAACAGUGAUCCUAAUUUUUUGCCCAUUCUAUCGUUCCCUUCAUUUCAAGUCUCUUCAAUUCCGUUAGCCCUCCAAUCCGGAACCAUGUUUUGUGAUAUGUCUACCGGAUCAGCUCGCCCAAUCGUCCCCGAAGCUUUUCGACUCGUUGUUUUCGACCACUUUCAUGGAUUUUCUCAUCCAGGAAUCAGAGCAACCAGAAAGUUUAUUAGUGCACGCUUUGUAUGGCCUUUCAUGAAUAAGGACGUGACAUCCUGGGCCAAACAGUGCAUCGCCUGUCAACGCACUAAAUUCUUCUUGGAGGCGAAGAUAUUUCAAUUGGAAGAUGUUAAGCACCACGAGGUGCGCUCCAUGGUCCCAGGAUUUGAGGCCAGCAACCAUUUUCUUAGCAGCUCGCCGGACACGCUCAAUGGGGGUCACGUCCUUCGUGGUUCCCGGACCAUUCAAGAAGCGGUCUGGCGUUUGUCUCAUUGA